UUUCAGAAAGGCCUAAAAACUCAAAAGCUUCACUUCAUUAUUUGUAUUUAUAAAACAAAAAAAAAACAUAAAACCAUUCUCUCUCUUUUCUCUUCUCUUCUGUCAUCUUCUCUUGUCUUCUCUCCUCAGAUGUACAUUUGCGUUUUUCAACCCUAGAUUUCAAAAUCAAAUCUACCUUUUUUUUCUCUUUUGAGAUUUCAUUUCUCUCAUAGACCGUAACAGUAGGAAGAGAGCUACUUUCUCCUCUUGUCUUAGUCUCUCAUCACUUUUCUACUUCAAAGUGGAGCUCAAGAUUUAGCUUCUUUCUAGGGUUCUCUUCACUAACUUUGGGCAAUUAGGGUUUCACAAUUUCUGGGUAGUGUAUACUCUGUUCUUCAUCAAAAAGUAUCAAUCUUUCACCUAAAAGGAGAAAACCCAUUAGUAAAUUUAAGGUUUUUAGAUGCAUGGAGGGAAGAGAAGCAAUGUCAUUUCCAGGCUCUCAUCCUCACUACUAUCUCCCAAGAGGAGGAGCCUUCACGAAUUUCUCUCCUUCCCAAGUCGCGAGUGGACUCCACGCGCCUCCUCCUCAUCCGGGGAUGAGGCCAAUGCCAAACCCUAACGUUCAUCAUCCUCAAGCUAACAACCCGGGUGCUCAUUUCUCCAUGUCUGAGCAAAGACACUCUGAUUUCGGACACAGCAUUCACAUGGGGAUGGCUUCUUCUGCUGCGGUGGAGCAACAGCCGCCUUUGAUACAGCAGCCGCCGCCGAUGGAGCAGCCGUUGGUUAAGAAGAAACGUGGACGGCCGAGGAAGUAUGCUCCUCCUGAAGGUCAAGUCUCUUUAGGGCUUUCUCCUAUGCCUUGUUCUUCUUCUGGUGGUAAUAAAGCUAAGGAGGACUCUUCUGCCAUGACUGAUCCAAAUGCUCCUAAACGAGCCAGAGGUCGACCUCCUGGUACUGGAAGGAAGCAACGUUUAGCUAAUCUUGGGGAGUGGAUGAACACUUCGGCUGGACUUGCUUUUGCGCCUCAUGUCAUCAGUGUUGAAGCAGGAGAAGAUAUUGUUUCAAAAGUUAUGUCAUUUUCACAGCAAAGACCUCGAGCUCUUUGUAUAAUGUCAGGCACUGGAACAGUGUCUUCAGUCACUCUGCGUCAACCCGCUACAACAGAAGCUUCUUUGACAUAUGAGGGACGUUUUGAGAUUCUAAGUUUAGGGGGAUCUUAUUUGGUGAAUGAAGAAGGUGGAUCCAAAACUCGAACAGGCGGUUUGAGUGUCUCUCUUUCUGGUCCUGAAGGUCAUGUUGUUGGCGGUGGGAUUGGAAUGCUUAUUGCAGCCAGCCUCGUUCAGGUGGUGGCUUGUAGUUUUGUAUAUGGUGGAGUCCCAAAGUCUAAUAAUACCAAUAACAAGACCAUCAAACAAGAAAAAGAACCAAAGGAAGGGCACAACAACAGUGAAAUGGAAACAACACCGACCGAUGCAUCAGAAGCAGCAGCACCUGUGGCUCAUGAGACGCCACAGAACUUCUCAGCUCAGGCAAUGAGUGGAUGGCCUGGUUCAGGGGAAGGUUCAGUCUCAGGCUCCGGCAGAUCACUUGACUCUAGCAGAAACCUACUCACUGAUAUUGACUUGACUCGUGGAUGAUUCAAAACCAAAGAAUAUUGAUGUUUCUUCCUAUUUACUACUACCACUUCUACUUAGUUCGUUAAGCAGCAGCAACAUACAGAAUGUGGGUGCUGUAAAUAUCUUUGUUGUUGUAGAUUUGUCUGUGAAUGUUAAAUCAGAAAUCUCAGAGAAUUGAGACAGAUCUCUGAGUUCCUUCUAACAUUGUCAAUGUA